AUGCCGAAAGCAGUAAAGCUACACAGCAAAGGGAAAUCCCAAAAGGCAAAUAAAGUUUAUACUGAAUCGUCGGAUAACCGAGACCCAGAAGAUGCGACAAGAGAAUUCCAACUGCAAUUAUGUUGGUGUAUACAGCAAUUAGAACGCACUCUAAACGAGAAAAAAGACAAUGAAAAACAAUUGCAAGAAGCAUGGAAAGUGUUGACAGUGUUGAAAAAUAACAAUCAACCCAUCAUUAGGAAGAGGCAGCUGAUGAGAACACACUUUGGUGACUACAGAGCAAAAAUGGCAUCUGAGGAGAAGAAAUUAGCCAAAAUGGCAAGUAAAAUCAAAAUAUCGGAGACUCCUGCGCAGCCUAAAGCCAAAUUUUUAAGGAAAUCUGCAUUCCUUACCACAGGUGACGAGUCAUUCAGAUUUAACUUCAAUAUACCUCCUGAAAGUAUUGACAAUGGCAAUACUGCAAAUAAUACUCAAAAUAUAAACGGUGAUAAUGGUGUUAAGGAGAAUUUAGUUUCGGCUAAUGUCUUGAAUGAAAAAAAACCAUGUGCUGAUAAAAAAGAUGAUUGUGAAGAUAAAAAGUUUAGAUUUACUUUCUCUUCUUCUGAUUUUAAAUUUAACUUUAAAGUGGAGGACUCG